GAUGGGUGAAUCAAAUGAAGAUAUAGACCAAAUGUUCAGCAAUCUGCUGGGAGAGAUGGAUCUUCUGACCAAGAGUCUAGGAGUCGACACUCUUCCUCCUCCGGACCCUAAACCUGCCAGAGCUGAAUUUAACUUUAGUGUGGGUUUUAAGGAUUUAAAUGAGUCCUUAAAUGCACUGGAAGACCAAGAUUUAGACGCUCUCAUGGCAGAUCUCGUAGCCGACAUAAGUGAAGCUGAGCAGAGGACAAUCCAGGCACAGAAGGAGUCCUCUCAGAAUCGGUGUCAAUCGGCAUCUCUGGAAGAUUCAGAUUUCAGUGGUGCAGCCUCUCUUGGUUAUGGAGCAAAUGUGGCUGUAACGAGUAUUAGCCAAUAUGAGGACAAGUUACCGCCUCCACCAGCUGAUCCCAUGUUAGACCUGCCUCUGCCGCCACCACCUCCUGAACCUCUCUCUCAGGAAGAAGAAGAGGCCCAAGCCAAGGCUGAUAAAAUUAAGCUAGCAUUGGAAAAACUGAAGGAGGCCAAGGUUAAGAAGCUCGUUGUCAAGGUGCACAUGAAUGAUAACAGCUCGAAGUCACUGAUGGUGGAUGAGCGGCAAUUGGCCCGAGAUGUUCUAGACAACCUCUUUGAGAAAACCCAUUGCGACUGCAAUAUAGACUGGUGUCUUUAUGAAAUAUACUCGGAACUACAAAUCGAAAGGUUUUUUGAAGACCAUGAAAAUGUUGUUGAAGUCUUAUCAGACUGGACAAGAGACACAGAAAAUAAAGUGCUAUUUGUGGAGAAAGAGGAAAAAUAUGCUGUAUUUAAAAACCCCCAGAAUUUUUACUUGGAUAACAAAGGAAAAAAAGAAAGCAAGGAAACAAAUGAGAAAAUGAAUGCCAAGAACAAGGAAUUCUUACUUGAGGAAAGUUUCUGUGGAACAUCCGUCAUUGUACCAGAACUUGAAGGAGCUCUUUAUUUGAAAGAAGAUGGCAAGAAAUCCUGGAAAAGGCGCUACUUUCUUUUACGGGCUUCUGGAAUUUAUUAUGUACCCAAAGGAAAGACAAAGACCUCCCGAGAUCUGGCGUGUUUUAUACAGUUUGAAAAUGUCAACAUUUACUAUGGGAUUCAGUGUAAAAUGAAAUAUAAAGCACCCACUGAUUACUGCUUCGUUUUAAAGCAUCCCCAAAUUCAGAAGGAGUCCCAGUAUAUCAAAUAUCUCUGCUGUGACGACGCAAGAACUCUAAAUCAGUGGGUUACCGGAAUAAGGAUCGCCAAGUAUGGAAAGACCCUCUAUGAUAACUAUCAGCGGGCCAUGGCAAGGGCCGGGCUUGCCUCUCGGUGGACGAACCUGGGCACUGUCAACACAGCUACGCCAGCUACACCUUCUACAGGACUUAAAACAGGCACCACCCAGGCCAAUGGUCAGAUUCCCCAGGCUGCGCAUUCUGCGAGUGCUGUUCUAGAAGAAACUCAGAGACACGUUGAAGCACCUAAGGACAAGACGCCAGCCCUUGGUAACCACCACCCAGGGACGCCCAGGGCCCAUCACCUUCCGAAGUCCAGUCUGCCACCGCCCCCUCCGGUGCGACGGUCCUCAGACAUCAGCUGCAGGCCGGUGACCCCCCCCAAGGCCAAGGGCACGGGCGGCGGCUUCCCUCCCCCGCCCGACGACUCCCUGCCGCCGCCACCGCCGCCGCCGCCUCUGGAGGACGACGAGCUGCCUCCGCCGCCCCCCGAUUUUAACGAAGCGCCCCCGGACUUCGUGCCUCCCCCACCGCCGUGGUGUCCGGGGGAGGCGGGGUCUUCCUUACCGCCUCCUCCGCCGCCCCCACCCACCCUCGCCCCCGAAGCCCCGAAGCAGUCCCCCGUUGUCGCCAAAAGGCCUCCCAUGCCCCCAAAGAGGCAAGAGAACCCGGGACCCCCCAGCGGGGCAGGGAGCGGCGAGCAAGAUUUCAUGUCAGAUCUCAUGAAAGCUCUGCAGAAGAAAAGAGGCAACGUGUCCUAA